CCAAUGUCCACUCGGGGCUGGGAGGAGGAGACUGCGUAGUGUGCGUGUGACGGGAGGGGGGAGCGGGUCCGAGCCCGUGGUAUUUGACCCGUUCGACGGUGUGUGAGAAGAAAAGGAAGGAGCAGGAGCGGGAGGUUCCGAGUAGCGGUUGCCGAAAUGUUCCGGUGUGGAGGCAUGGCGGGUGCUUUCAAGCAGAAACUCGUGCCCUUGGUGCGGACGGUGUGCGUCCAGAGGCCAAGACAGAAGAACAUGCUUCCAGGCAACUUGUUCCAGCGAUGGUGUGUUCCUCUAGAACUCCAGAUGGCAAGACAAAUGGCUAGCUCUGGUUCAUCGGGGGGCAAAAUCGAUAAUUCUGUGUUAGUCCUUAUUGUGGGCUUAUCAACAAUAGGAGCUGGUGCAUAUGCCUACAAGACUAUAAAAGAAGACCAAAAAAGAUACAAUGAAAGAAUGGCAGGGCUAGGACUGACACCAGAAGAGAAACAGAGAAGGGCCGACGCCUCUGCUGCAGAGGGAGGGUCAUCUCCUCAAGUCAAAGUACCAAGUCAUGUUCCUUUCCUGCUGAUUGGUGGAGGUACUGCUGCUUUUGCUGCAGCCCGAUCCAUCCGGGCUCGGGAUCCUGGGGCCAGGGUCCUGAUUGUAUCUGAAGACCCUGAGCUGCCAUACAUGCGACCUCCUCUUUCGAAAGAAUUGUGGUUUUCAGAUGAUCCAAAUGUCACAAAGACACUGCAAUUCAGACAGUGGAAUGGAAAAGAGAGAAGCAUAUAUUUCCAGCCACCUUCUUUCUAUGUUUCUGCUCAGGACCUGCCUCAUAUUGAGAAUGGUGGUGUGGCUGUCCUCACUGGGAAGAAGGUAGUACAGCUGGAUGUAAGAGGCAACAUGGUGAAACUUAAUGAUGGCUCUAAGAUAACCUUUGAAAAAUGCUUGAUUGCAACGGGAGGCACUCCAAGAAGUCUGUCUGCCAUCGAUAGGGCUGGAGCAGAGGUGAAGAGCAGAACAACGCUUUUCAGAAAGAUUGGAGAUUUUAGAGCCUUGGAGAAGAUCUCACGGGAAGUCAAGUCAAUUACAGUUAUUGGUGGGGGCUUCCUUGGGAGUGAACUGGCCUGUGCUCUUGGCAGAAAGUCUCAAACCUCAGGCAUAGAAGUGAUUCAGCUCUUCCCUGAGAAAGGAAAUAUGGGGAAGAUCCUUCCUGAAUACCUCAGCAACUGGACCAUGGAAAAAGUCAAGCGAGAGGGAGUGAAAGUGAUGCCCAAUGCAAUUGUGCAAUCAGUUGGGGUCAGCGGUGGCAAGUUGCUCAUUAAGCUGAAAGAUGGAAGGAAGGUAGAAACUGACCACAUAGUGACAGCUGUAGGCCUAGAGCCCAAUGUUGAGUUAGCCAAGAGCGGUGGACUGGAAAUAGACUCAGAUUUUGGUGGCUUCCGGGUAAAUGCAGAGCUACAAGCACGUUCUAACAUCUGGGUGGCAGGAGAUGCUGCAUGCUUCUAUGAUAUAAAGUUGGGUCGAAGGCGAGUAGAACAUCACGAUCAUGCUGUUGUGAGCGGAAGACUGGCUGGAGAAAAUAUGACUGGAGCUGCUAAGCCAUACUGGCAUCAGUCAAUGUUCUGGAGUGAUUUGGGUCCUGAUGUUGGCUAUGAAGCUAUUGGUCUUGUGGACAGUAGUUUGCCCACAGUUGGUGUUUUUGCAAAAGCAACUGCACAAGACAACCCAAAAUCUGCCACAGAGAAGUCAGGGACCGGUAUCCGCUCGGAGAGUGAGACAGAGUCAGAAGCCUCUGAAAUCUCAAUUCCUCCCAGUACCCCUGCAGUCCCACAGGCCCCUGUUGAAGGGGAGGACUACGGCAAAGGUGUCAUCUUCUACCUCAGGGACAAAGUAGUCGUGGGGAUUGUGCUAUGGAAUGUCUUUAACCGAAUGCCAAUUGCAAGGAAGAUCAUUAAGGACGGUGAGCAGCAUGAAGAUCUCAAUGAAGUAGCCAAACUCUUCAACAUUCAUGAAGAUUGAAGCCCCAUCAUGGAAUACACAUGCACUUUUCCAUCCCUGACAGGGGGGUUGGGUGGGUAAAGGAACAUUUUUUUAUUCAGCAUACUUUCUCUUUAUGUAGGAGCAGGAAUCGAACAAGCCUCUGUGAAUAUUUUCAUCUAUAUAGAUGCACAUGACAAAUUAAAAUCUGAUUCUUUUAAAUCCAGUUCGUUUAUUUUAAAGGGGAUAGGUAGAUAAAGGACUGUGUGUAUGUGUAUCAGCAAGCUGACUACAGCUGCUACGAAGUAUAUGGUUUUUCUCAGCCAUGUAUUCAACAGUCCACAUUAAACACCUGUCACCACUCUGU